GCCCACCUCUAGACCUGGAUGAUGAGCUUGAUAACAGUUCCGUGUACGUACAGGGCCUGACCGACAAUGUGACUCUAGAGGACUUGACUGACUUCUUCAAACAGUGUGGCAUUGUUAAGAUGAACAAAAGAACUGGACAACCCAUGAUAACGAUCUAUCUUGAUAAAGAUACUGGGAAGCCCAAGGGAGAUGCAACUGUCUGCUACGAUGACCCUCCCACUGCCAAAGCAGCCAUAGAAUGGCUUGAUG